AUGCCCACUGAUCAAACUAAUUCCAUGAGAUGCUCGAGAUAUUCGGAUCAUACAUGUAGCAGAUUAGCAUUGCUAUCAGUAUUACGUAGUUGGGCUGGAACUUUACAGUUUUGUAAUCCAGAUAAACCUUCUGGUCUUUCAUCUAUAAUAUCCAUUUUGUAUUUGAACCAACUAGAAGUCAGGAGAGCUGUGUUGGAUCUUCUGUAUGAAUUAGUGGGUUUGCCACAACCUGUUUGGACUGAUGAAUAUUCUGUGGCGGUGGCUGCUUUGGAUCCUACUGACUUUCAGGAUCAAUGGCGACUAAAUGAAGGAUUUGUAGUUGCAGAAUGUCGUAGUAUUCUUCCUACAUUAGUUAGUACUGUGCCAAGUCCCGCAGAACAACAUUUAGCAUUGCUUUUAUACUGUUUACUCAAUUCAGGGGUUCUUUCAGCCCUUGUUGAGGUCAUCGUAGCUUCUGAUACAUUUAUUUCAGUUAGAGCUACUAUUCUUUUAGGGAAAUUAUUAAAUAUGAUGCAUAUACUGUUGCCUCCAGAAAUUUAUAAUACAAGUCCAGCUUUGCCAAGUUUGAUAGCUUAUGCUUCAUCAAACAAACCGCAGGCUCGCUUGCUGUUUCAGUAUUGGAGAACUUAA